AGCGGUGCACGUAAUGAUGCAACAUCCUACCACGUACAUCGCAGUAUCGUUAAGCGACGCUCGUUUAUGCUUGAGGGUAUUUUCAAAGAGAAGUGUUCUCUUCCGACCGACCAGAUGCUCGUUGUGGAUACUGAGGAUCGCAUCAUUUUCCCUCACAUCACUGACGAGGAUAUGAAAUGCCUGCUCACGUAUUUAUACACCGGCCAAGUGGUACUUCCGGAGUUUGAUGGGUUUGCACGCGUCGGGCGUGUUUUGUCGCUGCUAGUGGAUCGCGAACAACUGAAAGACAUUUUCAAGGAGUGGCAAAAAAUGAUUGUCAGUAAUCUUCUGAAAGUCGAAAAGGAGAAUGACAGCGAUAAGAUUGUUGAUGCGUGCUUGAAAGCGCUGUUGUCUGUGUUCAGCGCGCCCUAUGGAGCGUUGCCGUGUGCAAAAAGAAUGUCAGUGUCCAUGCUCGCUGACCAGGUUCAUCCAUUUUUAGUCGCUUUUUUAUUUGCUACAGAAUUUUGA